AUGACUGCCCCUGAGAAAUCAAGAAUACGUAAGAUAGCUGUGGGUCUUCCAGGAAACCCAGGGUUGCCAGGUGUUAAAGGCCCCAGAGGGCCUUCUGGACCUGUUGGUAUUCCUGGACCUACAGGCGACAUGGGUGACCCAGGACCUCAAGGACCACCAGGCACCCCUUUUACCUGUGACGCUCAGAAAGGAAAUCCGGGUCUUCCAGGAUUCCCAGGCAUCAAUGGAGAGGCAGGAAUUCCAGGCCCUCGUGGUCUACCAGGACCACCCGGCAACUCGUUUGGACCAGGUUUACCGGGCCCUGCAGGGUUUCCAGGUCUUCAGGGCCCGAGAGGAGAGAAGGGUCUAAAAGGAAGGGAUGAAUGCCCACAACCAAUAGUUGGUCCUCCAGGGAAUCCGGGAAUGGAAGGUCCACCAGGUUUCCCCGGAGCUAAAGGCCGCUCAGGAGAUGAGGGGGAAUGUCGCUGCUGUCUGGAUAAGGAAAGAACUCCAGGAAAACCAGGUGAUCCAGGAAUGCCUGGGGAUCCUGGAAUUUCUGGAAGAAAGGGAGAAUGGGGAGACCGUGGACUCCCAGGAUUUCCUGGAUUGUCGGGACUUGGUGGACGAUCGGGAUUGCAAGGGCCUGACGGUGUGAAGGGCCAGAAAGGAGAAUUCACUCAACGUGGAUGGAAAGGAGAGAACGGAGAUCAGGGUGAUCUUGGAGCUGUUGGUGUGAGAGGAACACCAGGUCAGCCUGGUCAACAUGGAAAUCCCGGAAUGAUGGGCGACCCUGGAAUCCGUGGUGAAGCUAUGUUUGGAUCUCCAGGAAACAAGGGUUUACUUGGUUUUCCGGGGCCUCCAGGUUUCCCAGGACCACGUGGACCUCCAGGAGUGGGCAUUCGUGGUUCAGAAGGUCAACCAGGUCCUAUGGGAGAUGUUGGCUUUCCAGGACAUCCAGGACAUAACGGCAUUAAAGGGAUACCUGGCAGACGAGGGCAGAAUGGUUUAGAUGGGCAUAAAGGUGUCAAAGGCGAUCCCGGCCUGACAAUGCAUCCUGGAGCACCAGGUUCCCAAGGAUGCGUUGGUGACCCAGGUCCUCCUGGAUCUCCUGGAUCUUCUGAAAAUGGAGCUCCAGGCCUUCAAGGACUUCAAGGUGUUCAAGGAGAAGCGGGUCUUCCUGGUGAUCCAGGUGAUGGCCUUCCAGGGCCUCCUGGACAAGCUGGAAGAGACGGUUUAUUCGGUGCAAGAGGAGAGCCUGGAAGUCCUGGAUCUCGAGGAGGACAAGGAAACAAUGGAGUCCCUGGAUUGCCAGGACUUAAAGGAUUGCAAGGCAAGAGAGGCCUGGCAGGAGUGUUGGGGGAUCCUGGUUUUCCAGGUGACCAGGUGAAUGGAGAUCCAGGUCCACCUGGGCCUCCAGGACGUCCAGGUUUACGUGGCCCCCAAGGUGAAGGCUUAUUUGAGGUAUUCCAGGAAUGUCUGGCAAUCCAGGAUUCCCAGGCCCAGUUGGCCAACAAGGUGAAUCCGGUCCUGAGGGAACGAGGGGAAGACCCGGCACUCGUGGUUCUGCAGGCAGCGUUGGCAGCCAAGGUAUUUCGGGGUUUGCAGGAGUACCAGGUCCUCAGGGACUUCCAGGCCUUCCUGGACAACAUGGUCCAAAUGGGGAUGAUGGAACGACAGGCUCUGAUGGAGAGAAAGGAGUUCCUGGAAUGA